AUGGAGAAGACAGAGAUGGGCACGGCUGACAAGUCGGUCCCGGAGAACUCCUCCAUGGACCAGGUCCAGCAGCAGACCUCCGUCGCCUCGGGGGAGUCUGUGCACAAGAAGACCCCUUGGUGGCAUCCGGUCGUCGAACCUGGCUCCGCAGUCCAGAUCAUCAUCGCCGCCGCCAUCGCUGUUGGCAUCGGUUUGGGUGUGAAGUCGGCUCAUCCCAAUAUCCCGUCCGCCGCCACAACUAUCCUCAUCAUUCCUGGUAACCUCUGGCUGAGGGCUCUAAAGGCUGUCGAGCUAGCGGCUGACACGACUAUAGUUCUGCCUCUCAUCGUAACGGCCAUGAUUCUUGCGGUCCAGAAGCUUAAGGAAAUUAGCCACGGCGGAGCGAAGCUGGCGAAAUGGACCAUCGGCUACUACGUCAUCACGACCAUCGUCGCCAUCGUCCACUCAAUCAUCAUGACCUCUCAAGUCUGGGCUCGCCUGAUGACGGUUGCCUCGGCUGAGUCCAUCAAUGUCGACGGCAUGUCCGACAAAGACAAGGAAUCAUUCGAGAAUAACCAAGAGCAAGAUAUCCCGGCCACUGUAACUGAGUUGUUCAACUCCCUUAUUCCCGCGAACGUUGUCAAUGCCUUGGCAUCGGAUCAUCUCCUCGCCGUCCUCGUCACGGCGGUGGUUGUUGGAUAUCUUCUGGAUGACCGCGGCGGAAAGUCGUCGAUUCUAAAGGCGUGCCGUGAGAUCGAAACGUUGAUUAUGGUUAUCAUCACAUUCCUGAUCAAGUUGGCACCCAUUGGAGUUUUCUUUCUUAUCCUUCCCAACAUGUUCAAGCUUGACAUCAAUGAUAUCGGCGUCAACCUGGGAGUUCUGAUGGGCGGUGCAAUCGGCUCCAUGUUUAUGCAUCUCUUCAUAGUGCUGCCCCUCAUCUUCUUCGCUUUCACGCGCCAGAACCCAUACAAGCUGUGGCUCUCUUGCUCGCCCGCAUGGUUGACCGCCUGGGGAACCGCAUCGUCGGCUGCCACCCUUUCCGUCACCAUGAAGUGCACCCGUGAGACGCUCAAGGUUCCCAACACCAUUACCAAGUUUGCGGUCCCUCUUGGCUGCCUCGUGAACAUGGACGGAACAGCGAUCUAUUUCCCCAUUGUCGUCGUGUUUCUCGCACAGACACAGGGCCAUGUCCUCAAUGCCGCAGACUACAUCAUCAUUCUCUUGCUUUCGACCCUGGCGUCCAUCGGAACCACCCCAAUUCCCAGCUCUUCCCUCGUCCUGACCGUCAUGAUCUCCUCGAGUGUCGGCAUCCCGCCAAGCGGCAUGUUUGGCGUAGUAGUAGCCGUGGACUGGCUUAUUGAUAGGUUCAGGACUGCAACCAAUGUCAGCGGUGACCUCUUCGCUGCCGUGAUCGUCCAGAAGAUGACUGGUAUCACUGAUCCCGAAGAUGGAUCCGAGGACGAGGUAACGGAGGUCAGGCAGAACGACGAGCGCGUAUAA